AUGCCGCCCAAGCCUCGUGGGCUCCACCUCCCCUCAGCAGCCACAAAGCCCCGCAUCCUCCCUCGCAAACCACACCUCUCAAAGCUGCACCUCGACUCGACAGUCCUCGCCCAACAGGCCAACUCGCCGCUCGCAGGCAUCAAUGCACCCUUUGUCCCACCCGUCGCACCACAGAUCCCACGCCGUCGCCGUCCUGCAUUCUCCCCAGGUGGCUUUGGCCUGACCUCUUCGUCUGUGCCCCGCGCACCAGACGUUCGCGGACUCGGCCGCCCCAUCACCAGGACAGCAGAGCAGGAGGCAGAGGCGCGCGCAGCCACCGUGGCGGAGAUUGCUCGUCGCGACCAGGUGAUUGCAAACGACGAGCUCGCACUCGAGGGCAAGCAAAAGGACGAGGGCGAGGCCGAGGCCUGCUACAUUCCUCCACCGACCACACUGCACUACCACUCUACUGGAACUCUGCCGCUGGUCUAUUCGCCGACUCCCCUUCCCCCCUUCCAGCUGGCCUACGAGACGUGGGGCACGCUCAACGCCGCGCGCGACAAUGCCAUCAUCAUCCACACCGGUCUGAGCGCGUCCAGCCACGUCGCGUCAGGCGGCAACGAUGUGGCUGCCGGAACCUCGUCCAAGCCCGGAUGGUGGGAGGACUUUGUCGGUCCAGGCAAGAGCAUUGACACGAACCGAUUUUUUGUCAUUUGCUCCAACGUUCUGGGCGGAUGCUUUGGCUCGACGGGCCCCUCGUCGGCAUACCCUCCCGGCGACGGCCACGUUCGCUGGGCGACCCGUUUCCCGCUCAUUUCAAUCCACGACAUUGCUCGUGCCCAGCUUGGCCUGCUCGACUACCUCGGCAUCGACAAGCUGUACGCCAACAUUGGCUCCAGCAUGGGCGGCAUGACGUCCCUCUCCAUGGCCUACCUCGCCCCCGAGCGCAUGGGCCGUGUGGCCUCCAUUUCUGCCACUGGCCGUUCAGGUCUCGGCGGCGUGGGCAUGCGCUAUGCCCAGCGCUCCGUGCUCAUGGCCGACCCCAACUGGAACCGUGGUUUCUACUAUGACGGUAUCCCGCCGCACGAGGGUAUGAAGCUCGCGCGCCAGAUUGCGACCAUCACGUACCGUUCCGGUCCCGAGUGGGAGCAGCGUUUCGGACGUCGCAUGCUGAGCACCGAGCAAAAGGCAAAGGACAUGGCCCAGGGUAUCGAGACGGCCGGCGUGCCCCGCCUGUCGCCCGACUUCCUCAUCGAGACCUACCUCGACCACCAGGGCGAGCGCUUCUGCCUCACCUAUGACGCCAACUCGCUCAUCUACCUCUCAAAGGCCAUGGACCUGUUCGACAUGACCGGCCCCGCCCUGCGCGACCUGGCAACCCAGUUCAACGCCGCGUACCCGGACGCGCCGCCGUUCCCGCUCCCCUCAGACCUGCCCGCCGUCUCGGCCUCGUCGGCGACCACGACCCGCGGGCCCUCGCAGCGCUCCAACCCCGAGGCCGACGCGCAGGCCGCCCCACCCACCGCCCCCAAGGCCUUUAUCCCCACGUCAAAGUCGCCGCAUCUCCCCGAACUCGCCGACGGCCUGCGGCGUCUCAAGGACAUUCCGGCGCUGGUCCUCGGCGUGCAGAGCGACGUCCUGUUCAACGUCGACCAGCAGCGCGAGCUCGCCGACGCACUCAAGAUGGCCGGCAACAACCGCGUCACGUACUUUGAGCUCGGCGGCCUGUGGGGCCACGACACGUUCCUCCUUGACGUCACCACCGUCGGCGGUGCCCUCCGCGGGUUCCUCAACUAG